GAUCGACCGAAGCAGCACUGAAUGCAUUGCAAUGCACACACACGUCUAUAUGACAGAUAGAGAAUGGUCUUCAUCUCUCUCUUCUGCCAGGCCAGUUUUCUCAGUUAACUGACUGGUCAAUCGAUCGAGCCAUCGCCCGAUGGCAUCAAAGCACACCACCACACACAGAUAAAGCCAAAGCACACAGCACAACACACCCACUACACCCACACACACACACAAGUGCCCUCACCAUAUUCUGUCCCUGAGAUCCCCCUGGUGCGACAUAGCACGCGACAGCUGCGGCACGGCAGUCGACGGCUGCCCGCGGGGCGGCGCCAAAGACGACAACAAGUCAGGACUAGACGGGGGACAAGACAAACCCCACGCAACGACACGCUUCACGUCAUGCCUCGCCGCCUGUUCUCUUGCAACAGCCUCCCCACUCAAGGCAGCAGACGAGGGGCGGCAUAUGGACGUCGGCUGGGUGUUGGUGUCUUCAUUGCAUGGCGCGGCCGCCAUCCGGCGGGAGGCGGGCCGAGGGGGGAGGGAGUGGGUGGCGCGGCUCUUCUCAUCACUCACCCAGGCGUGACGAGGGGGCGGAGGGACAGCCUGGCAAACAAGGAUGAGACACAGAUGGAUGGAUGGAGGAUGGAUGUCCUUGAUCUGCCCACAGGAGCUUACUCACUCACCCUGCUGUAGUGCAUCCACCCGCCGCCGCUGCCUUCUCCCUCCCCGUAGUCAGCAGUAGUGGUCAACGAGUCCACCGACGAAGCGCCCACAAACCGGUGCCGCCGCCUCUUCUCACCAUGACCCUCCUCCAUCCGCAGCACGUGAUACGGCGCUGACGAGACGUUGUGCUGCUUGCCGCGGGACCUGCUCUGGGGCGGCAGUGGGGGUCGGCCGCGCUUGCUCUGUGCUGCUGGUGCUGAUGCUCCUGUAAGGAUGCGCUUGUAGUCGGUGUAUCUCAUGGUGGGUGAGGGGCCGCGGUGGGCCGAUGGGGAGGGGGGGGCACGGCGGGGUGUGUCGAGGGAGCUGCGGCCGGGGUGGUGGAGCUUGGUCUGAGCAGACGACACGACGAAAGAAAUGCAGAGAGAGACACACCACACCACACGUGGUGAAUUGAAUGGCGGGUCUGCUGUCCAUGUGAUGUGACGUGACCUACCUUACCUACCUGGGUUUUGUGUAUGGGUGAGGACGGGGGCAGGGCCACUUUGCUGUGGAGGGGUUUUGUUGUUGUGCCUUGGAAGGGGUUCUUCUGCCGUGACAGGCCUUCACGCAACCCGGAAACGUCCGUCGUUGGGGUCACGGGGCGCUCACGGCGCCGACCUGGCAUCACAUCAAUCCACCCACACCCAUUGCACAACACAGAACAAUCCCGUCACAUACACAACAAUGUCAUGCGAUCCCCCCUGUCCGUCUGUCUGUCCAUCCCAUCCUACCUGGUGACGCCGGCCGUCCUCCCUCGGCCUUCCUGAGCGACGCUCGGGACUCCUUCCCACUGCCCUUCUCGCCGACCCCCCUGACGAGCGCCACAUCACCCGCAGCGGGCGACAGCUGCUCAGAGACCAUCCUGGGUGCGGCGGGCGCCCUGAGAGAGCACUCAUCAGCAUCGACAAUGCUGUUGCUGCUCGACACAGCUGAGGGGGGCGGGGCGGGGGGGCAGAGGGCGAAGAGAGGGAGGCCGAAGGGCAUGGUGGCGGUGCUGGUGAACCCAUGCCUCUCCUGCAUGAUGUGUGUGGGUGGAAGGAAGUACCCCCUGUGCUGCGCGGCGAAGGGGUAGGAGGGCGUCUGCGGCCACUGGUGGUGGUGGUGGUGGUAGGAGGGGAAAUGAUGGCUGACGCUAUAUGGCGGGUGCAGGGCCACACUCGCCAUCAGAGCCGACGAGUGUUGGAUGGCCGCCGGGUCGACGCUGUCGUCAUCUGCCGCCGUGACGGCGGGGAGGGGAGGAUGGUCUAGCAUCAUUUGUUGGCUGAGUGAUGCCCUGAGGUCGUUGAGGGUGGUGGCCACAUGUGCGACGGGAGACGCAAUCGACGUGCUGCCAGUGUGCGCAGACUGCGAGCGGCUGGAGGGGCUCCGCGAGAGCAUCACCUGGCCGCUCCCCGGCCUCACCUUCUCCCUCUCCCUCUCCCUCUCUCUGUCUCUCUCGUCUCGCUUGACCGGUGCGGCCGUCACGCCCUCCCAGGCCUUCUUCGCCGCCUCCAGGAAAGGCUGCAUCUCGGUGGUGCGGGCGGGGGUGGGGUAGAGGCGUUUGAAGCGGCCGAGGUGUCUGUUCUCCCAUCUGAGCCGCUCCUGCGCGAUCCUGUCGAUGUCAGCUCUCCGCUUGCGGAGCCGCUCUGCCCGCGACAUCCGGAGGAACGGAGCCGAGAUGCGCUGGUCGUGCUGGGCCUUGAGGAACUGACGAUACCUGCACUCACGUACCGCACGGCACACACAGGCGGGAUGCUGCGUCUCUGUGUGGGUGCGUGUGUGUGCGGGCGUUGAGCUUACUUCCUUCUGUUAUCGGCUUUGAUGUCUGCGAGCCGGAUGGCAUCCUUGAGCACGGCAAAUUUGACCGUCUCGUCGAGCUCGCUGUCGACACCAAAUGACGGGGAAUGGUUCACCUGACCCCCAGGCACCACAGACACACAGACAGCUAAUUUGCUGCCCCAAGACAGUAUGUAUGGUCAGCUGAGCUGCCCACCUCGAGCAGCCAGGGUCGGAAUCUGUGAUCGAUGAGAAUGUCGAAGCCGAGGACUUCGAAGCACGUGGCGUUGGAGAGGUCGUGGGGCUGGCAGCUGCGGUAGGCGUGCACCAGCUCCGGCUGCACCGACACGAGCGUCUUGACGAUGAUGUCCUCUAUCUGGCCCAUCAGGCCCUCCACAUCAUAGCCCUAAACACCACCAAACACCACCAAACACCACACCACACCAGUCCACACCAGACACAACACAUGCCCGCCCCUGAGUGUGUCUGCGUGUCUCUCUCCGUGUCUUCAUCCCAUGCACCUGCUGCUUGAGCCGAUCGAGGACCGGCCGAAGGCUCCGCUUGUGUCCGUCCAGCGCAUCAGCCGGCUUGGUGUUCUGCUCAAAGCCGUCGUUGGCCUUGUUGAUUGCGUAGUUGGUGAGGUGCAUGAAGGCCUGUCGGAUGUUGCGCGUGGUCGGCCCCCGGUACUCCUCAGUCGCAAACCGGACCAAACCCUCCUCAUGCAGGAAAAUCUGCCGAAGACAGACAUGAUAUCAUAUCGAUGUUGGAGGGAGUGUCUGUGUGUGAUGGGUGGGUGGGGGUGCGUGUUUGUUUGUUUGUUUGUUUGUACGCUGAGGGGGUCACAGCCGUUGAGGAGCACAUAGAGCCUCAGGUCGAAUUUCAGGUCGUCGAUGAGAAAGGGACGGUGGAUGUACCUGCACCCACAUGACAUGAGAUGACAUGUCUCGGCAGCUGCAGCCAGCCUCACUUUGAGCGAUGUUGGGGGAGGGGGGGUGGUGAGGCAUACCUUUGUGCCACGAGGUGUUCGUUAGGGUCCAGCUCUUCGAAUCUCUUGAUGAGGAAGAUGCCCCGCCCACACGCGCCAGAGUUGGGCUUGAUGAUGAACGUCUUGGGCUUGCGCGUCCGGAACUGAGAGCGGAAGUCGUGCGCAUCUGCAAGGGCCACAGAAAGAAGAACGAGACACGUGUAGUAGGGGUGACCACAUUAGCCAGCCACGUGCUAUCUCUGUGUGUGACCUGAUGGGAGGAUCCAGGUUUUGGGGAAGAAUUUGUAUUCUUUCGGGAAGAUGCGCCGCAUCCGCAUGAGGUUGCGCGCCAGGUUGUGCUUCCUGCAGACAGACGCACACACAGAUGGGUGGCCUAGGCCGGGGCUGUUUGUCCGUCGAUGUUGGGUGUUUGUCUUAUCUUGUCUUUCUUGCCUGGAGAUGCCGUUGAUGCCGACAAAGUGGUUGAUACGUUGGUAGCCCCUCAUACCCAGCAAGCGAUCGUGGUUGAUCGUCGUGUCCAUCCAACACAAAUCCUACACACACACACCCACACACACAGGCACUAACUGCACAAUUGUCCGUUCUUUGCCCCAGCUGCCCACCCACCGCACCCAAUCGUCCUCCUCAUUCUCGCACUCCACCCACCCCGGGAAGCUGUCACAGACGUCUCGAAUGAGCGGAUAACGCGUCAACCCAAGGUAGAAAUACACCCUCUUGGCCGGCUUCUUCUUGAUGCUCCCGCUCCGCGACCGGGCUGUGCGCUCGGCCGACCACCGCUCCCUCCGGGAAGUGGCCUUGACCUCCGUGACGCCAACAUCACCAUCUCUAUCGCCAUCUUCGCCCGCCAGCUCCUCUACCACCUCGCCAUCGUCCCCAACGUCGUAUUCCACAACCGCGUCACCAUGUCCCCCCUGCGCUGAUGCGCACGACGAGCUGGCAUAUGAGUUCUGCCGCGAGAGGAAGCCGUCCAUAGCUUCGGGCGACGCGGGAGCGACCCCCACCUCCCCUAGCGGCUGGUCGGGCAGAUUGCUCAUCGGCGUCGGGCUGCCCUGCUGAUAAUAGUGAUGAUGGUAAGCCACCGCUGGUGCACAUGGGGCAGGGGUGAAGGUCGGGGGCGGGUGAGACAGCGACAGCGAAAAGGCCAUGUCAUGGGGAGGCCUCCGUUGGUACGCCCCCGUGAGAUCGAUGAGUGGCACGGGAUAGCUGACGUGUGCGGGUGGGGUGGAGUGCGCCAGUCGCAUGUUGUGUGCGAUGCCUGCAGGGAUGGGUGUGGAUGCCAUUGGGGGGCGGGGCAGGAGGCGGUGGGCAUGGGGAGGGGCUGGCGGCCGGGAGGGGCCGCAGGAGGGGGGGAAGACAAACGACAAAGGCCGGCCUAAAUGAGGGAAGAAGGAAAUCAAUCAACGGGUGCGAAAAGGAAAAAGUCAGCGCAGGCAAGCUUGCAGUGCAGGUGUCACCUCCUUACCCUUCUGGUCAAACGCUGCAUAGCCGUGGAAGUUCAUCUUCCUGUCCACCACUAACACGGACACUGCGCACACUUAGCGCUCUCACCUUGGCUCUCACUGCAAAGGAGACUGACAGAGAAGCGUCAGCACAAGGAUGACGACAGAAGGUGCAUCUGCGGCGGAGAAAGGGGAGAAAAGAAC